AUGGCCUCACGCAUACCCCUCUCGUGGCGCCUGGCAGGCAGACGUGCCACCAGCAGACCCGUUCCUGUUUCUGCUUCUGUUCCUCUGGUUGCGGGCCGUGCCUCCUCGACUCCUGCGCCUUUAUCUUGGUCGUCGACCGCGCGCACUGCUUUCCGUACCGGCAAGCAACAUCAACAGCAGCACCGGUUUUACUCGUCACAGGGUGGCUCGAGCGGAAACAAGGACAAAGUCAAGUUUUGGCCCUUUAUCGCCGUCAUUGCCAUUGGUUCAGCCGGAUACGUUGCCUUGGUAAACCGCCGCGCAGACAUGUCCCGUACAACCGACUCCCAAACCCAGGGCCAGCUCCCCCCGCCCGCCAAAUCCUCACCGACCUUCUCCCCCUCCGACAUCACAGUCCUCUUUGUGCUCGGCGGCCCCGGCGCCGGCAAGGGCACGCAAUGCGCCAACCUCGUCAAGCAAUAUGGCUUCACGCACCUCUCCGCCGGUGACCUGCUCCGCGCCGAGCAAGAGCGCCCGGGCUCCCAGUUCGGCGACCUCAUCCGCGACUACAUCAAGAACGGGCUCAUCGUCCCCAUGGAAGUCACCAUCCAGCUGCUCGAAAACGCCAUGACCGAGUCCCUCCAGAAGAACGGCAACGCCACCAAGGGCCGCUUCCUAAUUGACGGCUUCCCCCGCAAGCUGGACCAGGCGCACAAGUUUGAGGAGUCGGUGUGCCCCGCCAAGAUGGUCCUCUUCUUCGACUGUCCCGAGAAGGUCAUGGAGGAGCGUCUGCUCGAGCGUGGCAAGACGAGCGGUCGUGCUGAUGACAAUGCCGAGAGCAUUCGCAAGCGCUUCCGCACCUUUGUCGAGACGAGCAUGCCUGUGGUGGAGUACUACGAGAAGCAGGGCAAGGUGGUUAAGAUUGAUGCUACGCCUACCCCGGAUAAGGUGUUUGCCAAGACACAGACGUGUUUGACCGAGAAGCUGGGUAGGGAGUUUUAA